AUGAAAGAAAAAACAAAAAAAAACGAGUGUACAGAACAGAAUGAAAAUAUAAAGGAAUAUGAUGAAAAAAUAAACACAUUUGUUAGUAACUUAUUAGCAAGUAUAAAUUAUAUCAACAAUGCAAUAUUGUAUAGAGACAACAGAUUUAUAUUACGGAUGUUAAAAUAUAUAAAAAAUAUGCGCUUAAAUAUAAAAAAUGACAGUGAAAAUUUAAUGCCAAUUUUAGUAAGUUUGAUAAAUAAAAUAUUUAAAGAUACAUAUCCAAUAUAUACAAUAUUAAAUAAAUAUAUAAAUAUGUAUAAUGAAAAUAAUAAACAAAAUAUAACAGAAAUUACAACCCUGAAUGAUAAAACUUAUGCAAAUUCUUUACCAGAAAUAGAAGUAUUUUUUUAUAUUUUAUUUAUGGUCCAUUUAAUAGACAAAAAAUUAUAUGACGAAUGUAUUGAAUUAUCUAAUUUAAUAGUAAAAAGAGUAAAUAAAUUAAAUCGAAGGUCUUUAGAUUUUAUAAAUGCAAAAGUAUAUUUCUAUUAUUCUUGGGUACAUGAAUUAAGAGGAAAUAUAUCACAAGUUAGACAAGAUUUGUUAUUUAUAUAUAGAAAUGCAUGCUUACAUCGGGAUAUUAUGACUCAAACAGUUGUCUUAAAUUUAAUAUUAAGAGAUUAUAUAAAAAAUAAUUUAUAUGAUAUGGCUGUUAAAUUUGUUAGUAAAACUAUAUUUCCUGAAAACAUGUUAUCAAAUGUUCAACAUGCCAGAUAUUUAUAUUAUAUUGGAAAAAUAUUAGCUAUACAAUUAGACUAUAGUGAAUCACAUAGUAAAAUUACGCAAGCUUUAAGAAAAGCUCCACAAAACAUUAAUGUUGCAAAAGGGUUUAAACUUGAAGUUACAAAACUCGAAAUAAUUGUUGAGUUGCUUAUGGGGGAUAUACCAGAUCGAUCAUUAUUUACUAAUAAAAUUAUGAGAAAUAAAUUAAUUCCUUAUAAACAUGUUGUUACCGCUGUUAGAAAUGGAGAUAUAAAUAAAUUUGCAAAUGUUAUGAAUAAUUAUAAAAAAUUAUUUGUUAAAGAUGGUGUUUAUUUGUUAAUCAAGCGGAUACAUCACAACGUUAUUAAAACGGCCCUUAGAAUAAUAAACCUUUCCUAUUCCCGUAUAUCUAUCACUGACAUUGGGAAAAAAAUCGGAGUAGAGUCCCCUAUGGAUAUUGUAGGAAUAACUGCAAAGGCAAUUCAUGAUGGAGUGAUAGGAGCAACAAUUGAUUAUGACAAUCUAUAUGUUGAGUCAAAACCAAACAUCGAUAUUUACAUCACAGGGGAUCCUAUGAAAGCAUUUCAUAAAAGAAUUGCAUUUUGUUUACAACUUUAUUCAGAUGCAGUAAAGGCCAUGCAAUAUCCUGAUGAAAAUGAAAAAACAGAAAAUGUAGAAGCAAAGGAAAGGAAAAUUCGACAACAAGAAGAAUUUGCUCAAGCAGAAGAAGGUGAACUUGGUGAUGAUACUGAUUUGUUAUAA